ACCCUGAGUUAAGGCGCUCAGUACGCCAUAGACGCUAGAUGCAGGCCUGGAAUUUAGAGCGUAUACCAUUGCCAAACUUUUCCACAUACGUAGUUUAUACAACAGUAUCAUUGCUAGGAUCUGUAUUACAUGUAUUCUUCCAGAUGACUAAAGAUGCUAAACCUGAAGGAACAGGAAAUUAUACCACACUAAACUACCCUACACUGGCAUUAACUUGCUGUCUGGAAGACAGUUGGUGCUUCUGGAGCUUCGUAAACUUUGGAUACUGUUUGUUGAUGUAUGCUGCAAGAGAAUUGCAAAAUUUGUUUUUCGGUCAACUUCGAAGCGCUGAAGAUUCACAUAUCAGAGAAAAUUUUUCUAGUUUUAUUUUCUAUAAGGUGGUUUUUAUUUAUGGUAUUCUCCACGUGGAAGUUCUUCAUGAACUCCUUCUUUGGGCAACGUGGUUUACUAUACUUGGCUUUUUGCGUCUUCUAACUGGUCUCAUCAGGGAUCGUUCUCAGUACAGUCUUCGUUGUUCUGAUUUCUCUCUUACUUAUCAAGCCCGAAUAUUUUUAUUAUGUUGUCUGCUCCUGCUUUUCAGCAACGUUCUGAUGAUUAUUUCUAUAAUCGUGGGUGCUAAGCAUUCUCUUAAUACUAUGUUCUUUAUGCUUGCGGAGGUAUUUCAACUUUUGAUUGUCACUGUGCAUGUUAUCACGUGGUAUGUAGUUUAUCUAUAUUGCGAAGUUGCCUCACGUUCUAAUGAUGACGAUAAAGUGUACCACCGUUUUGUGCUUCUUUAUUACACUGAAUUCGUUUUUGAUACGAUUGCUGAUGCUGGCGAUGUAUUCCAUAACCUACAUAUGUUAUUUUGGAAUAAACUUCAAAUAAAUAUGUCAAGCAUCAUUGUUGCCUUGCACCUUCAACAUUUAUACUAUAAAGUGUCCAGACGUUUUGUGCAUCACAAACGCUAUAAAAACGUACUAAAGAAUUUGGAUACUCGGAUUGUUUAUUCCAAAGAAAAUUGUCCUAUUUGCUGGGAGAAAAUGCGCAAAUCCUGUCAACUCCCCUGUGGACAUAUUUUUCAUACUGCCUGUUUAUAUCUGUGGAUUGAACAAAACAAUAACUGUCCUGUAUGCAGAAAGUGCUUUGAUGAUUUAAAUGGUCUACCUCCAAAUACAGUAACAACAAAUUUACCUACAACACCUCCCAGUUCUUUUUCUACCAGUGAAUCUUCCGAAAUAUCGAGAGGUCAAAGUAAUGAGUCUAGUUUUCACCCUUUAUCAUCCGAAACCAGUCAGAUAGGUUUCUGUUCUGAGAAUCAACUUAAUGUAAGAAAAUUGUGCGAAACAUGUAUUCCGACUACGAAAAAUUCUGGUUUCUCCGUUCGUCAAACAACGGCGGAUUCAUUACUUUCCGCAAAUAAGUUCACUUCAUCCAACGAAUCAUACUUUUCGGCAAUGGUUAGUAUGGACCGUCUGUUGGAUGUACAUGAUCAGUUGAUUGCUGAAGAUGUUGCCAAUGUUCGAACCCGUCCAAAAAAUGCAUUACCUGCAAAAUUCUUAGCUAUACUGGAAGCUGAAUUACUUCGACAUUUCCGCUUAUCUGAUAGUUCGAAUAAUUCGAAGUUAAAGUCAUCCAGAUGCAAACAACAAGAGGGCUCAUUGACUGAACAUACUGUUAAUUCACAUGCCCACGAAUCUACAUUGCUAAUAACAGAUCAGAGUCCACUCAUUUCAUCAACUCCCGAUACAUUAUUUUCAACACUACAUUCUUCACAGAGUUCAGAUUCGUCUCAUACAGACGAUGAAGACAAGGAAUUCCCACCUAAACGUGCUUUACGAUUGGCUAUUAGACGGUUGUUGCAGCGUGUCAAUCAAUCACUUUUGAUUUCAGGGAAGAUGUGUCAAUGUCAUGCACUAAAUCUUUGUACACAUAAGUCUGGUGUUUUCGAAAGAGAUAAGUUAUCAAUUCAACCUACUUCAUCGGUGGAUAAUAUAAUUUGUCAAACUCCAAAUACUUCAACACCAUUCCAUUCAUAUCCUUCUACUUUAUCUUCAUCUACCACUCAACUUAUGAAACAUUAUCAAACAUCUUCAUUGGUUUGUAGUGAUACAUCUUGUUCACCUGAUAUAUUAUCACAUAGAAAUCGGUCUAGCUUAUUCUUAGAUCCUCAGACCUAUCAUUCAACUGAUGAACAGUUGCGUGUUGAAAACGAAUGUAAAUGUAAUUUGUCUUCAGUUGUACAUCCCUUCGAAAGUCAUCGCAAAAAACAUCAAGAAAAAUGUCUUUUGUCGCGGCGAGGUCACUUCAAACUCCUAACUAGACGUCCCUACUUAAAGAAAACGAAAUAAAUAACCAGUUCACUACAAUGUAACUUCACUUCUUUUUCACCACCUGUCUGUUUGUACUUCAUAACUUUGCUUCAUUUAUUUGUUUUUCCCAGAACGUUGCUUAAUCCUAUUGCCUUUUCUUACUGGAUCAACUUCUCAUUAUUUGUCCAAAGUAUUGUGAUGACCAUUUAUGCAAAUAUAUUCAGAUUAACUGAAGUGUCAUGUUGUCAUUUGAGUUGCCAUUAACUGAGAUUCUGAAAUUUUUCAUGGCUACUGGCUUUCUGAUUUUUUAUAAGUAUCUAUUUCGAGUAGUGCUUAUGAAUUCCUUUAUACUUCGCUCUUUCAAUAUUGAUCCCACAUUUUGUAUGCAAACUAUUUACACACAACAGUGGGGCUUGUUUAUUUUUGAUUUAUUGUUAUCUUUUAUACAAAAUAAUAUUUGUUUUAUUCAGUUUAAUUCAUUUCGUUCAAUACAUUUAUAUAUGAUAGUCU